UGUUGAAGAUCUUUGUGUCAAAUGGGAGCUGUCGGGUAAUCGUGCUAGGAUUGGUUACUUUGGUUCAUGUCAUCAGCAUGGAACUGGGAUGGAAAAAGAUGUUUAUCGACGAAGCCUAGCUGCAGGAAGCAAUCGAAUUGCACGAGGAGCGAAUGAACAAGCGAAGCAAGUUGUAUGGGAAACGAGAAACGCAAGACAGAAAGAUUCUCGUAGCGAUGGUUUAAACACAGAAGGCAAUGUCAUGUCGCAUGAGUAUGACGAAAAAAGAACGAAUAAGUCAAAGAUUCGGAAAAUUUCUACGGGUGCUUUGAAAGACGUGCCUAAUAUUGCCGACUUGAUAGAAAAUGAUGAUGAUGAUCAACCUGUUCAAUCUUACGCAGAGGUAGCAUCUGGAAACGGGAAACCCGCCAAAACAGGAAAGCCGAGUGAUAUUUACGGAAACAAAGAUAUCAAGAAGAAGCGGUCUCGACCGAUCUUGCCUCGAUAUCAGAAUUCUGACGAAGUGGUCACAACGUUUCACGUUCAUAUGCCUAAGCUGAAGGAUAUCGAAGUCUAUGUUUUUGGUAGUAUCGAUGAAUUGGGCAGUUGGGGGGAGGCAAAAGUCUGCCUUAGGAGAUAUAAAGAGUCAAAUUAUUGGUAUUCGGACCCAGUGAGAAUUCCGACUCAUCGAUUUGCAUUUGCACAAAAAAUUUCGUACAAAUAUGUCAUAAUUUCCAAAGGUGGAGGAUUUCUAAGGCAACUCUGGAAUAAUAGUGCUUUUAUGACUUUCGAAGGCUAUGACGGCAGAGAUAAUCGCGAACUUGAUCCCGAAGAAAACCAAUAUGACAUCUGGAAACGGAAUUAUAAAUACUCUCUUCACGAACGUGAUAUUUAUAAGUCGUUUUGCUUCCCUACACAAAUAUUCGAAACGAUCACCGAAGCUAAUUUCAAGGCCAAGCUUAUGGACUACUUAAGGGUGUUCAAGAAAUACAGAGAUUUGUGUCAGAAAACUGUGGAUGUAGAAUUUAUCAGCAACCACGCUUACGACACAAGCCAAGAUGCACAACGUGUUUUCUUAUGCAUACUGCUUGGCAUGCUUGCGAAAAACUCCCAUUAUGGUUCCGAAGUUAGACUCAAUGAUACAUUCCCAUCGGCCGACUUGUUGAAUUCUCUUAGUUUUAUAGAUGGUGAUGACACACUCCUCAAAGACGUUGUAGACUUGCUAUCCCACGCUGUUCGCGUGUUAGUCCGGCAUAACUGGGACACUUCAGAUUCUUUUGAGUGGAUGGGAAUGUUCGAAGUAGCAGCGUUUAUCGAUCCAAAAUAUUCGUUCUUGGACUCAGUUAGACGACGUGAACUAAAUUCAGAUCAGUCGGAUCGUUUCUGCAAAUGUCUUGUUGAGCAGAAACUUAAUAUGGAAAGGGAGACAGAUAUCCAAUAUAUUCGAUUAGUUAGAUCGUUUAUUGAUAUCGCCGCCAAUAUUCGAAUUCUAGUAUUUCUAUGGAAGGAGAUGAUUAGACCAGAAAUGAAGACUAAUGAGGCAUUAAAACAGAAUUGGAUGGCACGUCUGAACGAGAUAAUCAAGACGGAUAAUGCAACAAGGUUACGUGUGCAUUUGGACGAAUUGCCAGACGAUCUAGAUAUUGAAUUCUCGUCAUUGUUCAUUAAAAGUAUUAUAGAUUUACUCAAUGGACAAAGAUCAAAAUGGGACAGAGACAAUGUUAAGGAAUUUGUUGCGUUGUUCGAAGAUGACAGACUAUUAUGGACGUCAGAAGACAGAAUGAAAGUGUUGAAUUCGGUAUCUACUUCACGAAACAUGGAAAUAUUGGAUGUGUUUGUGGAACUACUUCGGAUAGUUCUGGACAAAAUUCAUUUAGAUGCAAAAAUGAAUGCAAGACUCGGUGAAUAUUGCACACAAUGGUUCGAACGGGUAAUAAGUCAAAUAAAGGAAUUACGUAAAAGCUCUCGCGCUAAUGGGUAUAAUUAUGUAUAUACGGUAUAUAAACGACUUUCCACCAUUUAUCCAAUACUCGAAGAUCGACGGACGAUUAAAAACGAACUAUUCAAUAUUGCUGACGAGCAGAUCGCUCCAUUUGAAGAAGCUCAAAUUUAUGCUGCAGUUAAAGAUAUAGGAAACUUGCAAGUGAAGGAGAUUUUGAAAUCUUUCAACGCAAUUGUACAAAGAAAGCUUGGGCAAUCUUC